AUGAUGACCUCUCAUAAUCGAACAUAUAAUCGACGCGAAAGAACGCGAUUGUUUCCACCUAAUGGUGAUGGAUACACCUCUUUGGAUCAAGUAAAAUGGUUUUUCAAGGAUUCCCCAAUACCACGAUGGUCGGAUCCACUGGAGCAGCUGAUCCCGGCCUCUGAACAUAUAGACAUGGACAAGAUCGUGUUGAAUCAUGAUAGGAGGCCAGUAGAAAGCUCAGUUUCAGAAGACGAAAGUAGCGUGGCUCAAAGAACAAGGGGUAAGCCCCUGGCAAGACCCAUUGAAGAUUUAAUGCGUCUUGAUGGUUCCGAGAAAGCGAUCCCAUCGCCCCCUCCUGCUAAGAGUGAUUCUCCUGUCUCACCUGCGAAAAAGGAGGUUACAAAGAGGAGACUAUCGUCUCGGGCGUCUCCUUUGAAACUAAAUGGCGGAAAGAACAAGAGAGGUCCGAAAUCACCUUCCAAAGUCACUCCUGAGGCAGUUGCUGAUAAUUCUAGUAGCAGCGAAGAUGACAAUGACGAUAACAAAGGAUCUGAUGACGACAGCGAGAAAGAAUCUGUUAUCAGCCAUGAAGUUAUUAAGCCCAAAAAGUCUUAUCUGACACAAGGUGCUUAUUAUGGGAUAAUGAGGAGGGGCCGACUGUCCAAGGGGGUUAGAGACAAUCAUGUUUUCCCCCUGCCCAUGUUAGAUGGCUUGAAAAGGAUGAAUACUGAGAAGCCGUUUCAGCUGCCUUGGAAUAUAUACUGCCCAUCAGAAGACGGGCCUAAAGCAAAAUGGCGAACUCUUAAAAAAAGUAAGUGA